CUCGUGUUCCCCGUCAGAAUAGUCAGUCGGCCGUGCUCGUGUGCUGUGCAAUAUGGGAGUCACUUGUGUCGUCUCGUGGCCUCCUCCAGCGGGUAAGACGUGGUCUCAAGCUGCUGAUCUGCUGCAGCAGAGAUUAGAACUGUUGGGGGCUAAAAAGACAGGCAUGUGGUCAGUUGACUGUGAAGCAUACCAACUACAGUCAGGAUCCAAACUUCUCCAUCUUGUACGAAACUCCGAGCAGCCACAUGCAUGUUAUGGCAUCCUUGACAGUGGAACGUGUAUCACAACCGACAGAUCGUUUGAGCAAAUUAUGGCAAAACUGGGCAACUACUAUCAACCAGGCAAAGGAGCACACACAGAGGCAAAAGGGCAGCGAUAUAUUUUGGGUGAUAAUGUUGUGAAAGUCGGAGCCGUUACUGUUGGACAAGUAGCCAAAGGCUUGGUUGUUGAGGUUGAUUUUGUUCCCAGUGUGGAUCCGAGCUAUUGCUGGAAGGGGUUGGCAUCGUUUGUCAAACGACUGCUGGAUGGUAGUGUUGAGGUUGAUGAGCAACCGCCGGUGCCGAUUAGUAAAGAUGGCACUUUCAAGCCAAUUGACACUAGUAGACAGUAUGUUGCCGUGUUUAGUGAACUGAGAGCCGCUAAGGCGGCAAGUUAGAUUAAGAUGAGAGAUAUACAUAACACAACUGUUUAUUGUAUUGGGAGGGAUGCAUCU